CAAGUGAGAACGUCUCCAUCCGUCAUGCCAUGGCAGGCGCGGCGCCCUCUUCCUCCGCGCGCCACAUAUCCCACACGCAAUUCGUCGAGCACCUCCGCCGUGCCGCCCGCGCCCGCGACGGCGAGCCCCUCCACGCCUGGGCGCUCAAGUCCGGCGCCGCCGCCCACACGCCCGUCUCCAACUCCCUCAUCACCUUCUACUCCUCCCUCCCGCGCCCCCUCCUCCCGGCGGCAUUCGCCGUCUUCGCCGACAUCCCGGACUCCACCCGGGACGUUGCUUCAUGGAACUCCCUCAUCAACCCGCUCUCCCGCCACCGCCCCCACGCCGCGCUCUCCCACUUCCGCUCCAUGCUCUCCUCCUCCGCCGGCGCCAUCCUCCCUUCGCCGCACUCUUUCGCCGCGGCCUUCACUGCAGCGGCGCGCGCGCGGUCCGUGUCCGCGGGAGCCGCCGCCCACGCUCUCGCCUGCAAGCUCCCCUCGGCCAGCUCAAACGUGUUCGUGUCCACCGCUCUGGUCAACAUGUACUGCAAGCUGGACCUCGCCGCUGACGCCCGGAGGGUGUUCGACGAAAUGCCCGAGCGGAACGGGGUGUCCUGGUCAGCCAUGCUGGCGGGCUACGCCGCGGGAAAGUGCUCCCAGGAGGCCUUUGAGCUCUUCCGGCUGAUGCUCGGGGAGUGCCCGUCGGAGAAAAACGAGUUUGUGGCCACGGCGAUCCUCAGCGCGGUUAGUGUGCCGCUGGGUUUGCCCAUGGGGAUACAGCUGCACGGGCUGGUCGUCAAGGAUGGGUUUGGUGGGUUCGUGACCGUUGAGAACUCGCUUGUCACGAUGUAUGCCAAGGCCGCGUGUAUGGAUGCAGCGUUCCGUGUGUUUGAGUCGGCCAAGGAGAGGGAGUCGGUCACCUGGUCAGCGAUGAUCACCGGUUACGCACAGAAUGGGGAUGCAGAAAGAGCAGUCACUAUGUUCUCGAACAUGCAUGCUGCAGGGUUCUCACCGAACGAGUUCACAUUUGUUGGGGCGCUCAAUGGGUGUAGUGAUAUACGAGCGUUGGUGGCAGGGAAACAGGCGCAUGGUUUGAUCGUGAAGCUCGGCCAUGAGGCCCAGAUAUAUGUGAAGAGCGCGCUGGUUGACAUGUACGCCAAGUGUGGUUGCAUUGGUGAUGCAAGGGUAGGCUUUGAUCAGUUGUAUGAGGUUGACAUUGUCCUCUGGACGGCAAUGGUUACCGGGCAUGUGCAGAACGGAGAGCACGAGGAAGCCCUGAGCCUGUACUCCAGGAUGGACAAAGAGGGAAUCAUUCCCAGCAACUUGACUAUAGUUAGCGGUCUUAGAGCUUGUGCUAGCAUUGCAGCGUUGGAGCCAGGGAAGCAGCUGCACACUCAAAUCCUCAAGUUCGGGUUUGAUCUGGGCACUUCUGUCGGGUGCGCCUUGUCCACAAUGUAUUCGAAAUGCGGGAACCUUGAAGAUAGCUUGGCUGUCUUCAGAAGGAUGCCCAGCAGGGAUGUAAUUGCAUGGAACUCGAUCAUUGGUGGGUUUUCGCAUAAUGGGUGUGGCAAUGGCGCGCUGGACCUGUUUGAGGAGAUGAAGCUAGAGGGCACUGCUCCUGACCAUGUAACAUUCAUUAAUGUACUCUGGGCUUGCAGUCAUAUGGGCCUAGUUCACAGAGGAUGGAUUUAUUUUAGGUCAAUGACCAAGGACUAUGGUUUAACUUCUAGACUGGAUCACUACUCGUGCAUGGUUGAUAUGCUUAGCCGGGCAGGGAUGCUAACAGAAGCAAAGGAUUUCAUAGAGUCAAUUACUAUUGACCACGGAACUUAUUUGUGGGGUAUAGUACUAGGAGCAUGUCGUAGAAUGCGGGAUUUCGACAUUGGAGCAUAUGCAGGUGAACGACUGAUGGAAUUAGGUAGCGAGGACUCAUCAGCAUAUAUAUUGUUGUCAAACAUCUAUGCUGCCCAGAGAAAAUGGAAUGAUGUUGAGCGAGUGCGACAUCUGAUGAAACUUCGGGGAGUUAGCAAAGAUCCAGGAUGCAGUUGGGUUGAGCUUAAUAGCCGAGUUCAUGUGUUUGUUGUUGGGGAACAGCAGCAUCCUGAGGCGGAAAAUAUAAAUGUGGAGUUGAGAAGGUUAGCUAAACACAUGAAGGACGAAGGUUACUGCCCAACAUCUAAAUUUUCAUGGGACGAGGAACCAAACACACUGGAAGAAUUUCACGACGAAGAUCAAUUAGAGCUGGAAUUAGUAUCAGCAUUUUAGCUGAUAUCCUAAACUGCAAGAACAAUAUAGAACCAGCAAUGAAUACAGAUCGGUGCUGCAGCCAUUUCUACAUGUUUGAUGAGACUGGGGUAUGUCCCAGUGUAAGGAAUAACAAUUCAUAAACAAUGUUCUACUCCCUCCGUUCCGAUUUAAUUGACGCGAGGAACUACCUGCCUACUCGUCCGCGCGGAACACCACUGGCGUCGAUUAAAACGGAACCGAGAAGGAAAGACUUCAUAUUGACGGCAUGAAAUCAACUUGCAGACCAUAGGAUAGUGUGCUAUUUUUCAGUGGUUCAAUUCCUUAUCGGUACGGUGCUCAAAGCAAGAUGACACCGGUACAAUUUUUUCUGUGCCACAUGCUGCAGAGAAAUGUGACGGGACUUUGCACAGUGAUUUCCUUAUCCACAUGAUAUAACUGCCUCUCUAAA